AAAAAGAAGCUAGUGACAAGAGAAACAUAAAAAUACAAAGAAGAUCGCACCAAAAACUGUAUUGCUCAAAUGAGUCAUUGAGAAGUGCACUGAUACAUAGAGUAGCUGCAGGGAUAAAGAUCUACCAUGCAAAAGAAUCACUGGCAGGCAUUACAAUGAAAAAAAUAUUACUGACAUUUUCACUGUUGGUGUGUUUGAUUGGAGAUGUUAAAAUGGCUGAUCCUCCAAAGUUGUUUACCUUUAAGAUAGAAAUUCAACUGAAAGAUGGUCAAUGUUUCAACUAUAUUUACGAGAAUGAUGAGACGUCUAAAGGUUUUUUAUCUUUAAAGGAAAAGGUAAUGGCUGGUGUCAAAUAUGCAUACAAAGAUCAGACGUUUUUUUUUAAUUCUAAGUUCAAGAAGUUUGAGUGUCCAUGGGGAGUGUAUAAAGAACCUGUUGUACAAUUUGAAAUUACUUCGAACAGGAACAUAACAAAAGAAGCUGCUUCUGAACCAUUAAGGAUUGCAACGAAGCAUGACGUCUUAUUGAUUUCUUCAAAAGGAGGAAGUGUUAGAGUACGUGCAGAUAGUUUGAAAAAUGAAUACACAUAUGAAAAAAAACUGCCAUCAAGUUAUGUGCGAAUGGAGGUCGAUCUGUUUCUUUAUCACUUCUGCGAAUUAAAAAGUGCUUUUCGAGUUAAACUUGCAUCAAAACUGAUUUUGCCAAAUGGUAAUGGAACAUACAAUCCAAAUGAUAUCUACUUUUAUUCCGAUCAAUGCUAUGAUAGUAAGUCACAAAGACUUAAAAAGGCUGUUGUAACAUUUUUCCUUGUGGCUGGAGAAAAACGUGAACUCAGUUCCACUCGUACACAAUAUGCUUAUAAAGUGUUGGACCAAAUGCAUUAUGAUGGCUCUCUCUGGAAAGUUGGUCUUGGUUUACAUAAAGAGGUGGACAAAGUUGAAUAUUUUGGUGCAAAUAAGGAUGACAGUUUGACUGACGUGGAGAAAAUUUACAUUGGAGUUGGUUCUGUUGCAGGACUUCUGUUGUUAAUUAUCAUAAUUGUCAUGAUUGCAGGUUGUUGUUGUGAGUGCUGCAAGGACACGAAUGAUAAUGAUGAAGAUGAAGAUUCUACUGGUUCAACAAGAAAGAAACCUGAGUAUGUGGAAUUAGAUAUUGUAACACCACAAGCUGAGGAAGAGCAUGGGUAUAAUAAUAAAUUGUACGAAGAUGAAAAGAGUGUAGAUAGCUUCCAACAUAAAAGGCUAGAUAGCUUCCAACAUGCACCUCCAGUAUACCAAGAUAACAUUGAUGCAGUGCAGGUACAAGUGGAACAGCCAGUUGAGCAUACCCCCAAUGACUAUGGUGUUGACGAUGAACCCGUUGAGGUGCAAGUUGAAUACACUCCACUUGAAUACACUGAAGACUACGAAACAAAAGUACAAAAGGAUUACACUCAACUCCAGUACAGUGGUGAGAAUGAAGAACCUACUGAAGUUGUUGCUGUUGAGCCUGAAGAAAGCGCACCUAAUCCAACUCUUGCAUUAAUUGGCGAAUUUCCAAGACCUCCUGCUGAUGAGUUUGAUAGUGACUCUAAUAACAGUUUUGACGAAGAUGACGAAGAUGAGGGUGACUUGACAUUGCAUGAAUUGAUGAGUAAAAGAGAUGAUCCAAAUGUGGAAAAUGAGUUUUAUAACUUGGAACGAAAUAUGCCAACAGCGUUAAUUUAUCCUGAUUCCAUUGUCUCAAAAAACAGGAGACCUGACGUAUUUCCAUGGCCAGACAGCCGGGUUGUACUAAGUUACGAAGGCAACGAUCCAUGUUCUGAUUACAUCAACGCAAGCGUAGUGAAGAAUGAAAAGGGUUACCCGGCAUAUAUUGCAGCACAAGGUCCAUUAGUGUCCACAGUGAACGACUUUUGGCGAAUGGUUUACGAGCAAAGUUCGAAUAUUAUUGUUAUGGCAUGUCCUUUGUCAUCCCAAGGACAGGAAAAAUGUGCCCAGUACUGGCCCCCAGAUAGUGUGGCUCGAAAAUACGGAAAUUUAGUCGUGCAAUUAAAGAAGAAAGAAUUGAAGACUGAUUUUGUUGCUAGCACUGUAGCCUUGAAAAGCGAGCAUGAGACAAGAGAAGUCUACUUGUACAGAUACAAUUCUUGGCCUACAUAUGGUGAAAUUCCAAACAGCGCGAAAUCUGUGGUCGGCUUCUUAUUGGAAGUGCGAGAGGGUAUCCAUGGAAAUAGUGGAACAUUACCCAUAUUUCAUUGCAGUGACGGUAUUGGUAUGGCUGCGGUAUGCAUUGCGAUAACUGAAGGCAUGAUAAAAUUGGAAGAAACUGGAAGAGUGAAUGUGAGAAGAAUAGUGAGGUUGUUGAGAAAAGAUUUGGCAGGUGCGGUGGAGAGUGCUGAGCAGUAUCGAUUCAUUUACACGGCGUUGUGUGAAUAUGCAAGUUAUUUGAAUAAAUAAAUUCAGAUGCAACAGCGAUGCAGAUAUAGUUUCAAUAAUUUUGUUACUGUUUAUAUUUUGCAUAUUUUUGCAUGUACAGUGGGACUGUCUUUAUUUCGAACUCUUCAAACAAUUGGCCAGGGUUUUUUGUAAUAGUGAAAGAAAAGGGAGAAAACUGACAAGGGAUGAAAGCAGGAUUCGUAGCGUUUUGCAAUCAAAGAGAAGCAUAUCAUUGACUAAGCAGUUAGGAAACGUGAGUUCAAUUGAAAGUUUUUUAAUUUGAUAGCCAGAGAGUCAUGUUAUUGACGGGUGAUGAACUUGUCAUGUUUAAUUCACUUUUCUUUUCGGUCUAAUCACGUGGAAGGAAUUUUUUUUCUCAAAAUUCUAAUGGUAAUGUCAGCAAGCCAGGGAAAAAUAGUAUCUUUCGAAGCCUAAUGCUCAGGGGGUAUGAUAUCAUUUUCAUAUUACUUGGUCAGGGCUUGGAGGAAGAAAGGUCAGGGAAAAUUCAAUGAUCCGGGAUAAAGUGUUCGAGGUAAAGAGAAUCCACUGUUUCUACUGCUUUUCUAAUUGCACGUUUUUGUAUUUUUGAACACUGGGUUUAUAUUGAGUAAUUUUGUACCGAGGUUUUUCUACUUCUGUCAUAUCUAUCGACGUAUGAAAUUUAAAAGAGUUUGUCUGUAUAAAAUGCUUUGCUCCCUAUCUUCGUAGUUCUACAGCUGGUCUGUUGCUUCGAAGUUCUUUUGACGAUCUUUUACAUGAAACUUAACACUCCGGAAUUAAGUAAGCUAUAAUAGCGAAACUGUUUCGACAUUUCGACAAAUAUUACGAUUUUUGCGACACAAUGCGUGUAACGUAAAUAUUCAAUAUUUAAAGUCUUAUUUACUUCUAUUUAUUUAAGUGUUUUUUUUUAUUUACCUAUAUUUUUCUUAUUUAUGCAUAUUUUUGUUACUUUUUUGCAAAUUUUUGUAAUAUUUUUUUAGUGUGAACACAAUACAAUAAUAAACCACAUUUUUAGUCAUA